GUUAGAUUAUUGAGGAACUUCCUGUUUUACUUAAUGUCAUUCGUAAGCUGCGAUUGGAACACGUAAGCAGAGGUUGGACCGCGAAAAGGAUGAUUUUUUCGUCGAAUGUGAUUUUAGCUUGAAAAAUAUCUAGGGAUUUGCUGGCUCGCAAUUGUUAUCCGCAAAAAAAAAACUAUGAACCUCUACACAUUCAUCUUGCCCAUCUUCACCUUAGUGGGACCGUCCCUCUCAAUCGAGGCAGACCAUCCUCUCGGAGCCCGCCGCAGCUGUAAAUUCGACUCGGUCCGACUAUGCGACCACUUCGUCGACAAAACCGACCUAAUAAACGUCAUCUUCACCGAAUUAGCCUCCACUCGUAACAUAUUCAUCAGCAACGCUCACGGUUUCGGCAGCUCCCUCAAUCUAGCCCUGAUCGACAUGUUCGCCAACGAAGAAUACACCCUCGAUCGCCAACCCAUACAUCCAGAAAACAGCUACUCGUACUCGGUGCUCAAAGAAAACAACUUCAAAAUCUCCCAACACCAGUCUCUAUUCGACGAGCAUAUCGGCAAAUACAUCGUCGUCCCGUUACGUUUACGACAAUACAUGCAAGACGAAAUACUCCCCAAACACGUCGCUUGGAGUCUAAACAUGAUGAUCUCCUGGAGUAAUCGACGCUGGAGAUGGGUCGGUUUCAACACCAAGAACUUCACCAGAGGCGACAACGAAACCAGCCAGCGUGAUUUCUCCUUCUUGCAGAAAGUCACCAGGACCAAGUUCAAACUAUGGGAGAUCACGACGGCGGUCGAGAGAUACGUCGAGAUACUGCACAGGUAUUUCAACAAGAAAAUCAUCAUCUUGGUCGACGACUACGAUAGGAUAUUCCGACACGCUAUUCAGCAUACGCUUAAAAAUAUCGACUUUUAUUACUCCUUUUUGAAUAAGGUACUGUUGCCAGUGCUGCAGGAUAACGAGCGAGUACACAAGGUGAUCAUCACCGGUACGACUACGUUACCUUUAUACUUGGGUAACUGCAGCUUGGCACCUUUGGUCGAGAAAUACACAUUCCUGCAAGAGCACGCUUUCACCCCGUUCUUUGGAUUCGACGAUCAAGAGGUCGACGACCUUUUCGCCAAGUUCCAUAUCCCCUUAGACGAUAAACACGAACUGGAGGACUACGCUGGCGGAUACAAAACACUAACCUCGCUCACCCCCAAGUACAACUCGGACUUGGUCAUGUCUUACUUCAGACGAAGACGCAAUCUAGUCGACGACCUCGUAUUCAACGGCACCACAGCUAAGAAAUCACCCGAAGACGAAGAACUCUAUUUCCCAACGCCUUUCCUAAUGGUUCCACCGUUCCGUUACAGGAUCGUCGAACUGCUGCACAAACUCGACAUCGAAUUCCAUCUAGUCGAAUACAACGAGACGAUUUUCGCCAGAUUCGCCGAUUUCACCGUGUACAACUAUCCGAACAAAGACACGUUCGAUUUAGACUUACUAUUCACCUAUAUCUUCGACCAAGGAUACCUUCGACCGACCAACGUCGCCAAUAAAUACCACAUACCCAACCGAGCAGCCCUCAACGAGACGUGGACCGCCAUGAAAAUCUACUACAACGAUCUCGGACAACCGGCCCUACAAAACAUAGCCUUAGAUUUCAAGAAAAUCUUACUAUCCGAAAACAGCUCGCAAAUCGACUCGAUCAAACAAGAACUGCAGACCAAAUUGAACACUUACUUUAAACAACUCACCGAUAAAGAGCACUUCGAAACGCUUCGAGUACCCGAGUAUCAUUUCCAUAGCAUCGUCUACGCUGCCUUGGCCUCGUUCGAAGGACUGUACUUGAACGAAAACGAACUCGAUGCUUUUGGUAAAUCCCAUAUUCAGUUCUCGACACCGAUCAGUACCACUAAAGGUAUCAUCGAAAUUAAAUACGGCGAGAGCGCCGAACAAGCGCUGGAAUUGGCUCUUAGUAGCUUUAUCUCGGAUACGCAGCUCAACGAGAUCAAAUAUAUCGGCAUUAAUAUCGAUAAACAUAUCGAUACUUCGAUUUUGGUGCAACUUAAGCCCAUACAAGAGCACGAACAGAAUCCGUAUCAGAGAAAAUAGACGUGUUAAAUAAAGGGUUAUUGGUUUUUUAAGCAGUAUUCUCAACGUAUAUAGGGACUACCUAUUUAAGUAUAAUUUUAUUUAAUGUAGGUUAAUCUUUAAUCCAGCAAGAAAAAAAAUUACUCGGUUUGGAUUUGUAAUAAACGAAAUUUCAAUAUUUUA